AUGACCAUUGCGGCUCUUGGGGCAGACGAACUGGAUGGGCGGCAAAUGCAGCUCGACCCGGCUCGGGUCAGCCAUUACGCGUCCGAGCCUGACGCGUCGUGCGGUGAGGUCACCAACUCUGUCUUCUACCACAUCGUUCGUCUCCUGAUUCCAACAAUGCUUAUAAGAAUACGAUCGAAAGACGGAAACUUUCGUUUCGAAUUUGCGCCUCACAGUGAUAUAUCACAACUUUUGGAAAAGAUUGUAGAGACAGCGAGCAAUCCCGAUCUAGCAAGCAUCACCAUUUCGAAUCAACCCCGAGGGAACGAAGUCAAGAUCUCCACUCUAAAGGGGAGGACACUGGGGGACCUAGGGCUCAACCACGGAGACCUUGUCUUUGUUGGGUAUCAAUCUAAGUCUGAUUCAUCGAGCCAGCAACCAAAUGCACCAUCUACUUCAACCGUAACUGCGACAUCUGGUUCCCCACGAAAGGAGGACACCGCAAAACGACCAUGGGAGACUGUCAUAGAGGACCCAAUCGAUGUAUACUGGCGAUCGCAUUCUGGGAAGAUCCCUCGGGGACGCGAUUCACGAUUCUGCAAGCACGCAAUGAACGGAAUGUGCGAUUAUUGUAUGCCUCUGGAACCCUAUGACGCGGCCUACCACAAGGAACACUCCAUCAAGCAUUUGUCUUACCAUGCAUAUCUGGCCAAGAUUACCCCAAAGCCCACAGCAUCAGCAGCGUCGACGCUUCCACCUCUGAAUCCGCUGUCCUACAAGGUCAAGCUGCCCUGUCCGACAGGCUCUCAUCCACCAUGGCCUGCAGGAAUCUGUACUGCGUGUCAGCCCUCAUCCAUCACCCUGCAAUCCCAACCCUUCCGGAUGGUAGAUCAUCUAGAAAUCGCGUCUACGGACAUCAUCGAUCGCUUCUUGCAGGCGUGGCGGAAGACUGGUCUUCAGCGCUUUGGGUGGCUGAUUGGGCGCUACGAGCCGUAUGACGAGGUGCCGAUGGGCGUCAAAGCGGUUGUGGAGGCGAUCUACGAGCCCCCGCAGCAGGGCGAGCUCGACGGGCUCACGCUUGGCUGGCCAUGGGAAGAGGAGACACGUAUACGCCAGCUUUCUGCCGCCGCGUCAACUCCGCUGACGAUCGUGGGGUACGUUUUCACGGACCUUGACCCGACGCCGGAAGACCGCACGAAGAACGUGUACAAGAGGCAUCCGCAGUCGUUCUUCUUGAGCUCGUUGGAGGCAAUCUUUGCGGCGACGGUGCAGGCGAAGAACCCUACGCCGUCCAAGUCGUCGCCGACAGGCCAGUAUGCUUCUCGGUUGGUGACAGCGGUGCUGACAGGCACGGAGGAUGGGCAGAUCGACGUGUCAGCGUAUCAGGUCUCGGAACAAGCUGUGGCGAUGGUUGAGGCUGAUAUGAUCGAGGCUAGCGUGGAGGCGGGUAUUGUACGCGUCAAAGAGGAGGACAGGACGAACGACUCGGCGCGGUAUGUUCCUGAUGUGUUCUUCUCGUACAAAAACGAGUACGGCCUUGAGGUGAAGAAGACCGCGAAGCCUUGCUUCCCAGUGGAAUACCUUCUCGUUAACGUCACCCAUGGCUUCCCUCAGGGUCCUGCACCUCUAUUCCAUUCAACCGCGUUUGCCAUCGAGAACCGACCAGGACUCGAAGAUCAAACCGUGGACAACGCGAUGGCGACUCUAAACCGUUUGGAGGCACCGUCGUUGCCUGCUGGAAGCGAGUCAUAUAAGAAGUUGGAGCUCGCCAAAUGGUUGAGCGACUGGCACCUCGUCGCGUUCCUUGAGACAACGCAGUUGUUCUCUGUGGACGACAUCAAGCUUCUUAUGCGCACCGUAACCACACCCAACCUCCUCGAAGACACGAAGAACAUCGACCCGAUACUCAACACAGAGAGCUGGCAGACGCUCAUGACCUUUACACGGGAAAGUGCUCCCGCCCGCCCCUCAACCUCCGCACCAAGCGGCCCCUCCUCCGGAAUGGUCAUCGACGACGACGAGAUCCCGCAAGAGGUGUUCGACCAGAUCGCUGCAGAAGAAGCGGCGGCGCGGAACGGCGGUGCUAGCGGGAGCGGUUCUGGUGCUGGGAGCUCUGGUGCUGGGACUCCGGGGAUUAGGAUAUGCCCGCACUGUACGUUCGAGAACACGCACGGGGGGUCGGAUUGUGAGGUUUGUGGGCUGCCGUUGUAA